CCAUAGGUGCUGUCAGAGCAGUGGAUUCCCUGUCCAAUGAGGUGGAAUGCUCCGCGGGCACAUGGUUUACGCUGCUCAAAAUAACUUGGGACCUGUGAACUGACAAAUGCUAUUGCUCCAGUGGUGACAGGUUGUCCAGCUUCUUACAGCCAUCCUCAUAAUAACGAAGGUUAACUUCCUUCACUGUAUGGACUCCUAGCUGUUUCUCUUCCUGAGGACUCGAAGAAUUCCCUCACUUCCUUAACUUUAAUCUCACAUUUCUGGAUAGCUGUCAUCGCUACUGACUGCCAGGUUUGGGCAGCAACAUCUGGAGGAAUUUAAAAAGGCUAAACCAGCUGGACGGUGCAGAGAAAAGUGCUGGCUGGGGCUCUGCCUCUUCCUUGCUGCAGUAGAUACAGACUGGCACACGGGUGGGGAGGAGGUCUGAAGAAAACUUGCCCUAUGUGACAGCUAAUCCUAGGUCUGCAGUUCAUUCACCUGCCAGCAUGCAAGACGACAGUUUAGAAUCCUCAACUUCAAUAUCUCAACUUCUGAGAGAAAGCUAUUUAGCUGAAACUAAACCUCAAGGGAAGAGUGAAAGAAACAGAUCAGAAACAGCAUCUCAUAAUUUUCAUUACGGCAACGCUUCUGGUGAUUCAGAUGAGGUGGCUGCUCAAGAUGACCUUCCAGAUCUCUCUGACUUUUUGAGCCAAGAAGAACUAGAUGAAAGUGUAAACUUGGCAAGACAAGCUAUUGAUCAGAAUCCACUGGAAAUUAAACAGGAUGAGCUUCAGGCACAUUUACAGCAUCCCCCAGAUCAGCUGAAAAACACAGGAAAACACAAACAGAUGGCCCAGUCUACGGCUUUGAAAACAUCAGACAAUGGCCUGCACUCAAACUUUUGUCAGGACCAUGUCAGAGAUACAAAGGGUUCAAAAGGGAGUUCUCAAGAUCUAAAAAAACAUCUCCCAUCUGAAUCGGAGUCAAAAAAGGAAUUCCUCAAUAAGGCAGCAGAUUUUAUUGAAGAGCUCUCAUCGCUUUUCAAAGCUCACAACUUUGAAAGAAUAAGACCCCGAACAUGCAAAAACUACAGAAGCAAAAUGGAUUCUAAGAACAAGUCUGCUCAAAAGGGUAGCUUUUGCCUACCUAGCACAACAGAAAACAGAGAAAGGCUUUCCAUUCCAAUACCUCAAGACUUGGAAAACAAAGCAGAGAAAACAUUUGAACAAACAGAUGACCAACAGGCUGCAAGCUUGGAAUCUAUCAAUCAGUUAACAAGCACAGAGCUAAAAACAGAGUCGGAAUCUGCAUCUGUAUCCUCUGAUGAGGCUGUUGGGCAACCACCUUGCUUUACUCAAAAACUGAAGAGCAGGGAAGUUCCUGAAGGAACCAAAGUGCAAUUGGACUGCAUUGUGGUAGGAAUCCCAGCACCUGAAGUCAGGUGGUACUGUGAAGGGAAGGAACUUGAAAACUCACCAGACAUUCAAAUUAUCCAGACAGGUGAUCAACACUCACUGAUCAUUGUUGAAGCCUUUGAGGAGGAUACAGGACGUUACUCGUGCUUUGCUUCAAACAUCUAUGGAACAGACUCCACUUCUGCAGAGAUUUACAUAGAAGGUGCCUCUUCUUCUGAUUCUGAUGGUGAAAUCGUCAAAGACGAAAUGGAUCACAAACCAAAGCCAGCCGACACCUCCUUGAAUGCAGCAUCUCCUGCUGUUAGAACUGCAACCAAACAUCAAGAAAACUCCAAGGCACCACCUGCCAUGGUUCAGCCUGUGUCCAUGGCUGUCCAGCCUGUGUCAACACCAGUUAAUCAGUUACAGGCUCAAAGCCCCACUAACUAUCUGCAAGGACUGGAUGGAAGACCUAUAAUUGCUGCUCCUGUAUUUACAAAGAUGUUACAGGAUAUUUCAGCUUCUGAGGGGCAGCUUGUUGUCUUUGAAUGUCGGGUAAAAGGAGCUCCUUCCCCAAAGGUUGAAUGGUAUAGAGAAGGAACACUGAUAGAAGAUUCUCCAGAUUUUAGGAUAUUACAGAAAAAACCAAGAUCUAUGGCUGAGCCAGAGGAAAUCUGUACUCUUGUUAUUGCUGAAGUGUUCUCAGAAGAUUCUGGCAGUUUCACCUGUACUGCAAGCAAUAAAUAUGGCACAGUAUCUAGUAUAGCUCGUCUAACUGUCAAAGCAUCUGAAGACAGUAGUAAUGCUGCUACCCUUCAUACCAUGAGUUCAAUCAAUGUAACUGCUGCUGAACAUCAGCCUCCUUCCCAUCAUAUUGUAAAUCAAAACCCUAAGCCUAAACUUGAAGGUGUUCUUGUGAACCAUAAUGAGCCCAGAUCAAGUUCCAAGACUGGUCUCCGUGUGCACUUCAAGCUGCCUGAAGAAGAUAAAGGCAGUGAAUCACCAUUAGAGUAUGGACCGGGCACUACAAAUCAAAGCAGACCCAACUAUUUCCCAGAGAAAAUAAAUGGACAGCCAAUGAAAAUACCAGAGCCAACAUCACCAUCCAAGGAACCUCCUCCAGUACUGGCUAAACCAAAGCUUGAUCAGACCCAGUUAAAACAGCUCCAGAACCAGGUCUUGCUUGAACAGCAGCUGCAUCAUACAGCUACAGGAGAGCUGUCAUUCAACAUGGCUUUAUUGAAUUCUGCUACUUCAUUCCAUCAACAGUCCACCUCAACAAUGUACAAACAAAGCCAAGUCUCUGCCUCACAAGCAUCCAGCUUUAGCCGGCAGAAGCAAUUCCCACCCUCACAAACCACACUGCCUACUAGCUCCUCUUCUAGCUCCUCAGUUGCAACAUUUAGCAACAUUUCUCAAGGAACCCAAAGAAGAAAUCACAUGGAAAAUUUCACAGGAAAUCCUCCACUUGCCCAGUCAAGGUCUUCAGCAGAGUUUACAAGUAAAAAUGAACAGUCCCUGCCAAGCCCUAAAGAAUCUGUGGUGCCUCCACUAACACUUCCUACAUCUACUGCAAAACAGUUUCAGCCUCAGAGUGUGAUUCCUGCUCCUCUCUCCCCAACUGGCCGGAUUCAGAAUCCUGUAGCAUUCCUUAGUGCUGUUCUUCCUUCACUUCCUACCGUGCCAGCAACCAAUGCUAUGGGACUGCCCAGAAGUACCCCAACAACCCCAACCCAAGGAUUAACAAAGAAAAAUCUGAAGCCUGUGCUAUUGGCAACAGAUGAUUCCAUUCGUGAAAAUAAAGCUGCACUUGUAAAGGACCUGGAAAGAAAACUGCGUUUCAGAGAGGAUGCUAGUCAACAAAAUAGUCAGCAGGAAUACAGAAUUUCAAGCUUUGAGCAGAGGCUGAUGAAUGAAAUUGAAUUUCGCCUUGAACGUACCCCAGUGGAUGAGUCAGACGAUGAAAUCCAACACGAGGAAAUCCCUACAGGCAAAUACAUAGCACCAAUCUUUGAUAAGAGACUGAAGCAUUUUCGGGUAAUGGAAGGAUCUCCUAUUACAUUCACUUGCAAAAUAGUUGGAAUACCUGUUCCCAAGGUAUACUGGUUCAAGGAUGGCAAGCAGAUUUCAAAGAAAAACACACAUUUCAAAAUGAACAGAGAAGAAGAUGGAACAUGUUCUUUACAUAUUGAAGCUUCUACUAAUGAUGAUGAUGGCAACUAUACAAUUAUGGCUGCAAACCCUCAAGGGAGAAUCAGUUGUUCAGGCCACCUGAUGGUUCAGAGUAUCCCUGUUCGAGGCCGAAUAUCAACAAAUCAGCCUCACAGAACACGACCCCGAGUGCCAGAAGGGGACAACGAGGCCGUUCAAGAACGCUUUUUCAGGCCCUACUUUCUACAGGCUCCAGGUGACAUGGUAGCGCAUGAAGGGCAACUUUGUAGGUUGGAUUGUAAGGUGAGUGGGUUACCAACCCCAGACCUGACGUGGCUUCUGAAUGGCAAACCUGUGCUACCAGAUGGCACCCACAAGAUGCUGGUUAGAGAGACUGGAGUUCACUCUCUGCUUAUUGAUCCUAUCUCACAAAAUGAUGCUGGAACUUAUACUUGCCUUGCCACUAAUAAAACAGGACAAAAUUCAUUUACCCUGGAGCUCACUGUUGUAGCAAAGGAAGUAAAAAGAGCUCCUAUGUUUUUGGAGAAGCUUCAGAACUGUGGUGUUCCUGAAGGGUACCCUGUCAGAUUAGAGUGCAGAGUUGUGGGAAUGCCACCCCCUGUAUUUUACUGGAAGAAGGAUAAUGAGACCAUCCCAUCAAACAGAGACAGGAUGAGCAUGCAUCAAGAUACAACAGGGUAUGUCUGCCUCCUGAUUCAACCUGCCAAGAAAGCAGAUGCUGGCUGGUACACCUUGUCUGCAAAAAACGAAGCUGGCAUUGUGUCUUGUACUGCUAGACUUGACAUAUACGCUCAGUGGCACCGUCAGAUUCCACAGCCAAUAAAGCUUCGACCCGGUGGCAGCCGCUAUGCAAACCUCACUGGUCAAGGACUCGAUAUUUUCUCCACCUUCCCAACUGCUGAAAGUCCUAGGUUGUUUUCAUCCCCAACCCAAAAGGUGGUGGAGAGUGAAGAACUUUGAAAUACAAACAAACAGUUGUUCCAGUCAUAUCCGCAGAGAUACUAGAACUGUGGUGGAAAAAAAAGAAAAAACGGGAAAAAAGAAAGAAAAAAAAAGAAAAAGAAAAAAAAAACCUAAAAAGUACAAGUCAAGACAUUCAAGAUUUACAAGCAACUUGUUUGUAAUUAAGUGUACUGCUGCUGCAAAUGUUGCAAGUAUUAAUUUACUGCAGGAUGAUCGUGGUAUGGAGGUGUUGUGCAAUAAAUUCAGUACUGUGCAGUUUGCUAAGUAUUACAUAGUAAACAUAGUUUCCAGCACUUAAAAGCCAAUACCACUUUUACUUCUUGAAUUAACAUGAUAUUGAUAUGUGCUUGAAUUAAAGCUACUGUACUGCAGCAAACUAUGUUAAGGAUUGAAGAUGUUUAGCUGGAAUACUGCCAGCAAAAACAUUAUCAAUACAGUAACAAUAAUCCUAAAUGAGGGUAAACAACAUGACUUUGAAUGUAAUUCUAAAGAAAAAAAUCUAUGCCAGAUAACGACAAAGCACAAGUUAAAAGGAAAAGAUUUAACUCAUUUUUAUAUGUGAUUGUGCCAGAUCUUAGAAUUUUUGAACUCAAGACUAGAUAAAUGUAGCAUUUCAUGUAGGUUCAGCUGUAUACCCUCUAUAUUUAUUUUAUUUUGUGUGUGUACUCCAUGAACUGUGAACUCAUGGUGUAAGGAUUCACUGAGUAAGGUACAGGGCACAUGCACAGGACAUUAACAUAGGAAAGCAAAAUUCCUGUUGUCUGAAGCAUGUUUUCUAGAGCCCAAAGCUGAAACUAUUUUCCAGAUGUGCUUCAUAUUUUUUUCUUUACAAUGAUAGGAAUUAUCUGUUUUGAAACACAUAUAUCAAGCUUGUAACUUCACUGUUUUUAAAUAUCAGUCUCUUCUUCCUAAUUUUUUAACAUAAGUAAAAGAAAAGUGUAACUACCAUCUAGCUCAUUUUUUAACUAACUGUAAAGGAAUUAAAAUUUUUCACCACCAAUUAGGAAAUAAUCACAAUGAUGAUGUCUACUACAAAGACAGAGCAAAUUCUGUUAAUACACCAAAGUUAUGCAGUUAAGCAGCACUUAGGCCCAAAGGAAAACCGACUGUAACUCAUAGUAAUAAAUAAGGCAAUUUAAUGAAAAGGCAACAGAAGGUGUUGUGACAACACUUAAUGACUGAUUUAAAUAUAUUUAGCAUCUAUACAGUUGUGACAAUACCUUCCAGCACCUAGAAUCUGUGAAUAUCUAAGAUGAUUUCCUGCUGUUUUAAAUUAUUGCUAUCUCUCUUCUUUGGACAUUGUUUUCAAGCAGCUCUUACUGCUUUCAACAUGGUGAACACAAAAAAGAAAAAAAUAAGAGAUACUUUCAUUUUGAGCUUUAUUUAGAUUUUUUUGUGAAGAUAAAAGUAUAACUUUUAAAAAUUCCAUAUGCAAAGAAAACUGAGGAGUUAUCUUAAGAGCAAAAGGGCACUGGAUGCAGUCAGAGACUGAGAAAGAGGUUUUCAUUGGGUUUCCAGUGAAAUUCCUAAGACAAAUACAAUUAUGCUGGCCCUGUUCCAUUUCCCACCUAUGUGAAGACCAUAAAACAAAACAACCAUUAUAACAUUCACCCUUUUGUUAGAAAUCUCAGGUGAUUCACCCCAGAAAGAACAGACCAGGAAGCCAAAAUACAUUCUUACCCUGAAAGACAAAAGACAGUGCAGGUAUUUCAGUGGAAAACCAGAAGUACCACUUGUUGCCCAUGUUGUACCUCCUCCCUGGCAAACAAAAUAAAACUAACAGUUAUCAAAAGUGACAUUGACUCAGGUGACUUCAGUUACAGAGUGCCCAACUUCAGACACAUUGGUGGUCUGAUAUUCCAGGAUACAGAAUCUACUGCUCCACUUAGCUUCAUUUAUUUUUAGGAUGGCUUAGAGAUUCCAAAACUAAGUCUACAUUGAGUCAGAGUUGGCAACCCAAAAUUUAAAGUUUCCCAUAUUUAGUAACUAGUCCUGGGAAAAUAAGCCAAAGAAAGUGACUGGAUUUUGCUUAUUUAAUUCAGUGAUGUUGAGAAGUGGGAAAAGAGGAAAUUAAGACACAAAAAAUCAAAUUCUACUCCCAUCUACAGUCCUGGUCUUCCCAUUAUUUCAUGCCAGAACUGAAGGGCAGAUUUUGAUCCAAAGUAUUCCAAGUUGUGCAUCAGCCAGCAGGUUUUAUAUCCAGGACAGAUUUAGCCAAGCAAUUGUCUGCUCAGCACUCCCCUGUGCCUCCCUUGCCUGGCUUUGAGUGAGAAGCUGGACCAGAAAACCUCCUGAGGCUCCCUCACAACCUAUAGCACUCUAUAGUUCCUAAAGUAUUUUACUUUUCACUACCUGCCUGAGUGACCUAUGUGGAUUAAGUUACAGACUGGACUGAGUAGAAAUUAAGAAUUCAAGCAAAAACAAACCUAUCCUUUUUCACUGGGGUAUAUGCUACAGGAAAUUCUAACUACAAGAGUGAUCAUUUUUAUCAGUGUAAUUCAUGUAGUUUAGAGGAAAAGAAUACCAGAGUGCUUACUAUUAGCAAAUAUCUGCUUACUAGUGCUGUCAUUAAUAUUAAUAAUAAUAGUAGUUCUCACAUUUUACAUCAGACAACACACUUAAAAACUCAGUCCAAAUUAAAAUACAAAGUGCACAGAGAAAAUAUGCAAACCAUCUGUCUACUGCCUUUACUCCACGAUUUCAGUGAAAUGUCUCCAAACUAACAUCACUAUAACCUAAAUGUACAAGCUGGGGAUUAAGCAGUAGAGUGUUUUUUAAGAUGUACAUUCAGUUCUUUGGAAGUUGGAGGAUGAGAAGCUACUGCUGAAAGCCUUUUCCCAGAAAUCUGUGUAAGAAGGAUGAAUCCUUAGUCAUUCAAGAAAGGGCCCCAAAAGUCUCACUGAGAGGUAGGCUACAGAGAGUAGAUCACCAAAAUCUGUCAGCUGAGCUGUAACUUUCCCUCCUGGACAGUACAUACCAACAAAAGUGUCAAAACUUUACCUAUCACAUCUCCUUCCAUAAUGCAAAAGUGAGUAAUUUCAAUUACUUUGCACAAAAUCAGAAUCUGAUCCUAAAUGGUCUGUAGUCAUUGAAUUUUGCUCAUUAACUGCUACAGGACAUUUCUCUGCAUAUACUGAUCCCAUAAAAUGAGCAUGUAAAGGAAACUUAGAUGAAUGGAUGUAGAUGAUGUUAAUUAGUAAUAUUGGUAUGUGCUCAUAACAAAGAAGACCUGCUGGAAAAAGACACAGAAUUCUGUUUGUGUUGUUAACAGAGGGAAAAGCCAAGGGGAAAAGCAAUUAAUGUAAGCAGGAAAAACAAUUAAUGUAACACUAAGUUAUCACAACACAUGUGAUGCUCUUUGAGCUCACGUCCUAUGAAGGAUAACUCUACAUAAUCACACUGUGUCAAGAUGCAUUAGAGACUAUGCAACUGUGCUCACUUCCUGAACAGCUUGGCUGCUCUUUGUUUUUGUUUAAUUGAAUAACUAAUUUGACUUCACACUAACAUGGUUUCUCAUUCUCUUAUUCAGGACAGUCUACUGCAACAACAUAAAUCAAUAUUAGAAUACUGACACUGAAGUCAGUGUUGGCUAUUCUCUUCCAAAAGUCCAUUAAUUUGCCAUAAUUUGGAGCAUGACAUUUUAUCAGCGAGAUACAGAAAUGCUCAGUUUUGUAAUUUCUCAGUGUUUUAUAAUUCUGAAUCUUAUAAGUCAAUGUAGUUUCCUGUUUCCUUCUAGUCCUGGUUUUGUAUACAAUCAAAGAGAGGCACAGCAUAUUUCAAGGAGCAGAAAUUUCAACUUCGGUAUUGCAAUUCUAGAAAGCAAUAAUAUUAUCUUUGUUUUAAAAUUUGAAUCUGGUUUGGUCAAACACAGUCCUCAGCAGCAUCACAUAGCAGUUUGUAUUUAUAUUGUUGGAUGUCUUGCCUUAAAAGACCUGGACUGUGUUCCUCUGCUUCCAGAUGAAAGGUGAAGCAUCCUUCUGAAUGCCUCAUAUAUUCUAAUGUGAGGAGAGCCCACAUUCAAACAGGAAAAAUUCCAAGUCUGUGGUGUUUAUCUUAAUAUGUAAACAAUUGCCUAUUGAACCUUUUACUGUUAUCACAGAUACUUCAAAGCAACGACUCUGGAAUAAGAAUUCCUUUAAGAACUGUGUUCUUAAUGCUACCAGGUUUUAAAGCAUUACUUUCUGGAAAAUGCCUUCAUACAAAGAGAUUAGCAUGACCUAAUGAAAUAUUUUAACUGUUGAAUACUGAAGAAGUGAUUAAUUGUUAAUUGCCUUACUAUUUCCAAUACAAAGAUGUUCUCUUUGAGCCUUAAAAUUCUAUUUUACAAUUUUUUCUUGGUUGAAGUUGGUAUCUUUUAUUUUUGAUCCAAAGUCAUUCUCACUGGGAAGGAAAAUGUUAAUGUCAAAUUUAAAGUAUAUUUUAUGUGUGCGUGAAAGGAAAAAAACAGUAACCUGUCUGUUCAAUAAUGGAUUUUCCUUCAUCUCACCUAAACUUAAAUAAAUGCUUCGAAGUUGCAUACAAGAGUGUGGCCAAGUAAUUGUGAAAGUGUGCAACAAGACCAGAAGUUUCCUCAGACAUUAAUGGAUUAAGAACUUCCAUUAUUUAGAAGAAAAUAAUAAAAUAUUGUGACAUUAUGCACUAGUAAUGCUUCUGGCAGGCAGUUGUGAAAUAGUUGUUAAUAUUAAGAACUGAUUAAAAAGGCAAUUUGUUUUGGUUUUAA